UAGCGCUGCAGUCGAUUAUGCCCGAGUCUGCGACUCGCUGUGUCUCCAACUCCACUCACUCUUCCAAUGUGAAACAUCAGUAAGAUCGACAGGAUGCACAUUGCCUACGCUCUUUAGCUGCGCUGUCUGUAGCCAAGGAGACAACUUUGCGAAAAAUCAUCGUCAUUCUGCUAAAUAGCAGAAAAUAAAACUAGAGUAAUUAAGGAAUAAAUAUUAAAUAUGCAAACCUGGAAUCAAUGUCCGAUACCAACAAGCACAGUCGCUACUCCUAUGGCCGCAGCGCCAACAGGAUAUGCUGCACCUAAUACUAAUCCUAUGACCUACAUGCAAUAUCCUAAUCAACCGAUACCAAGUGGUUACACAGCAGAACAAUGGGCGGCUGCUCAACAACAAAAUUGGGCCAGCUAUCAACAAUGGCAGCAGCAGUACCAGCAAUGGCAAGCACAAUAUGGAGAAAAGUAUCAGGAAAGCAUUAUGAAACAAUACGGCCAACAGGCACCACCUUUACCUGUGACAUCACAGCCACCACCUCCACCACCUAAAGAUGAGAAACCUCCAUUACCUCCCGCAAGUACAGUCAGUUCAUAUGGAUACUCCACAGCACUUCCUCCCCCACCUAAUGGUAGCAACGGUGGUGUUAAGCGACCAUCUAUUUCUGAGAUUGAGUCAGAUAGUGCCAAAAAAAUGAAAGAGAGCAAUGAUGAACCCAGCGAGGCUGAGAAACUCUUUGAUGCUCAAUUUAAACAAUGUGAAGAGCAGUUUAACGCAUGGAAAUUGCAAAAUGCCAAUCAUCCUGAUAGGGAUAAAUACAACCAGUAUGUAGCUCAAUAUACAUCAUGGCGAGAAAAACAGAUCAAACGUCGUGAAUUGAAGCGGCUUAAACGAGAACAGCAGAAACUUGCUGCUGCUGCAAAAGGUGAUUCAGAGAAGAAAGGAAUAGGCACAUCCUUAAAUGCGACGUCCAAACAGGAGCAAACGGCGCCUUCAUCACAAAUUGGACCUGCACUUCCCAUGCAACAGCCAACAUUGACGGCUACACCUCAACUGUCAAUGACACCAAUGAUGCAGCCUGCUGAUAUGACCCAAGCUUGGGCUCAGUGGGGUCAAUACACACAGCCAAUGGCCACACCUAUGACUCCAUAUAUGCCUCCCCCUAUGUCAAUGGCUACAAUGGCUACACCAGCUCAGCCAAAUUUCUCACAGCCACCUCCAGGAUUUCCACCUGUCAAUUUGUCACAACCUCCACCUGGAUUCACUCAGCCUCAACCAUCAGUUAAUAGUAAUGCAAUGCCACCACCAUUGUCUCAACCGUCAGUUAAUACUAAACUUCAACCACAACAAGGCCCUAAUUACAGUCAAAGCAAUUUCAAUCAACCGCAAAACCAACAAAGAGCUCCACCUUACAGUGAUAAUAAUCAAAACCAAAAGCGGUUCAAUGCAGCUCCACCUGUUAAUUUCAAUAGUCAAGGCGGUAACUUUAAUAACGCAGGAAACAGAAAUAAUGAUUUCAAUCCAGCAAAUAUGGCUGGAAAUCAAGGAAACAUGGGCAAUAGUCAAGAAACUAUGGAUAGUAAUCAAGGCAACAAAAAUAACUUGAAUGAAGGAAAUGAUAGUCAGAAUCGUUUUGAUGGAUCCAGCAAGAAUAGAAACUUUAGAAACGAUAAUAAUAAGAAUGAUAAUUUCGGCAAUAAUAAUAAAUUUGGAAACAAACCAUCAACAAAGAGCCAAGAGUUCAACCAAAACGAUCUAGAUUUUGAUUCCAGAGGACCUCAAGACAUGAAAAAUGACAGUCCAAACAUUGGCAAUAGAGAUCCAAAUAACUUUAAUAACGGGCCAAACUUGAAAAAUAGAGGUCCGAAUAACUUGGGUAAAGAUGGACCGAAUUUCAGAAAAAGAGGACCUAAUGACUUUGGUAAUGAUGGUCCAAAUUUUGGAAAUAAAGGACCAAAUAACUUUAGCAACGAUGGUCCAAACUUUGGAAAUAAAGGACCUAAUAACUUUAGACAAGAUGGGCCGAAUUUCGGAAAUAGAGGACCGAAUGACUUCGAGCAUGGAGGUCCCAACUUCGGAAAUAGAGGGCCUGACAAUUUCGGAAAUAGAGGACCGAAUGACUUCGAGCAUGGAGGUCCCAACUUCGGAAAUAGAGGGCCUGACAAUUUCGGAAAUAGAGGACCGAAUGACUUCGAGCAUGAUGGUCCCAACUUUGGAAAUAGAGGACCUGACAAUUUCGGAAAUAGAGGAUCGAAUAACUUCAAGCAAGGUGGUCCCAACUUUGGAAAUAGAGGGCCUGACAAUUUCGGAAAUAGAGGACCGAAUGACUUCGAGCACGAAGGUCCUAACUUUGGAAAUAGAGGGCCUGACAAUUUUGGAAAUAAAGGACCGAAUGACUUCGAGCAUGGAGGUCCCAACUUUGGAAACAGAGGGCCUGACAAUUUCGGAAAUAGAGGACCGAAUGACUUCGAGCAUAGAGGUCCCAACUUUGGAAAUAGAGGGCCUGAUAAUUUCGGAAAUAGAGGACGAAAUGACUUCGAGCAUGGAGGUCCCAACUUUGGAAAUAGAGGGCCUGACAAUUUCGGAAAUAGAGGACCGAAUGACUUCGAACAUGGAGGUCCCAACUUUGGAAACAGAGGGCCUGACAAUUUCGGAAAUAGAGGACCUAAUAAUUUCAAUAAUGAUGGUCCUAAUGAUUUUAGAAAUAGAGGUCCGAAUAAUUUCAAUAACCGAGAACAGAAUAACUUUGGUAAUGAUGAACCUACUAAUGUCAGGAAUCAAGGUCCAAAUAAUUUCGGCAACGAUGGUAUUAACAAUUUUGGGAACCGAGGACCUAAUAAUUUUGGUAACAGAGGUUUCAACAAUUUUGAUAAUGAUGGUGCAAACGUUGGAAACAGAGGUGAUUUUGAUAACGUUGAACCAACCUUUAAAAAUAGGGAUCGAAAUGAUUUUCACCAUCAAGGUCCAAAUGAUUUUGGUAUUGAAGAUCCUAGAAAUUUACCUAAUGCUAUGUCAAAUAACGCCGGAAAUAAAGGUCCGAAUACUUUUGAGAACAAUAGUCCUCUUGAGUUUAAUAAGGGCCCUAACAGUAAAAACAAUAAAAACAAAAAAGGCAAGAAUAAAAAUAAGAUAGAUUCGAAAACCAAAGAAUUUUCGGGAAAUUUGAACGAUCCUGCAGGUCUGAAAGGCUCGAAUCAAUCCGACUUCGGUAUGCAAUCGUCACAAUUCGAAUUAAAUUUGAAUCCGAUCUCAAAUAAGAUGUGUCAAGGUCAAGAUAGUAAUCCAGAUACUCAGGUAAUUGAGAAAAUAUUACCAGCUGAAGAUGAACAAGCUUUAAAUGCCAAUCCAGAACCAUCCAAACAACUUAAUGCAGCUAUUGUAUCUACUUUAGAAGAACCACCAACGUUAUCCUUUAGUGACGAUAUUAAUCUCGACGGGGCAAACGAUUUUAUUCGUCCUUCGUUUGCUGAACAACACCCUUUGAUAGUGGAUGAACCGCCAAUAAAUAAAAGCAAUUUUCCAUCAUUUGAUUCAGAAAAUUUCAACAAUGCUCUACCAUUGUCUGGACCGCGUGAAGCUCAAAAUCAGCCUCCUUUAGCUCCGCCGCCAACCCAAAAGGCCAUUCCAUCCCUCUUAGAUUUGAAAAUAGUUCCGCCUCCAAAUAUGAAGAUACCUCCUAAAUCACAGUUAAAUUGUAAUGAUGAAGAUAUUCCAAAAAGUGAAAACGAAUUCACAGCACCUGCCAAAGUCAUAGAUUAUGCACAUUCAAAAAGACCAAUCGUAACCGAAUUUGUAGAACCCAUUUUCGUGUUCGACUAUAAACAUGGAGAAUCACAUCUGAAUGUACCCAACUUAAGUGCAGAUUUCAAGAACUGGGAAGAGAAUGAGGAGAACUUAUCAGAAUAUUAUGAAGAAAUGAUGAGAAAACUUGAAGCAAUAACUCCAGCUACAGAUACGAUUUCAGCAGACGAAAAAAGUUCUAAUCCAGAUAAUAAAGAGGAAGAAAAAAAGAACAAAUCGCAAAAUUUGAAGAAUAUUGCACCAAAAAUAUCCGAUCUCACAACGGUGAGAUUAUCUUACGACGAUAUUCUUUGCUCUCCAAGUGAGCUAACUGAGCCACUCAAGAUUGCUAUAAUUCUUAGAGGACCACCAGGAAGUGGAAAAUCUUUGAUAGCUAACUUAAUUAAGGAUAAGGAGGUUAUACAGAGAGCUUCGUCACCGAGGAUACUGAGUAUCGAUGACUACUUCCUUGUAAAAAGAGAUUCAGCUUCAGGCCAUGACAAGACUGAAGAAAUGGAGUACAGAUACAUAGAAGAAAUGGAACCAGAAUGUUCCAACCAUUUAGUCAAAACAUUUAAGAAAGACGUUACUGAUGGCUUUUUCAACUUUAUUAUAUUAGAUAAUAUUAAUGAAAAAAUCUCAGACUAUGAAGAAAUGUGGAGUUUAGCCAAAACGAAUGGCUUUAAAGUUUAUGUGUGUGAAAUGGAAACAGAUGUGCAAAUAUGCCUUAAAAGAAACAUUCAUAAUCGAUCGGAAGCGGAAAUUAAUAGGAUAAUAGACUAUUUUGAACCAACCCCGAGUCAUCACGAAAAAUUAGAUGUCACGCCUCUACUUCAAGAGCAAACUAUUGAAGAUUUUAAAUCGGAAGAUGAGCAAGAAGUUCCGAAAGAUGAUUCUGAAGAGAAAGAAGAUAAAUCUACUAAUGAUGACACUGAAGGCAGUCAAGUACAUACAAAGGAAGUCAGAAAAUGGGAAAAAAUGGAAGGAGAGGAUAAGUUAGAUCGACUCGAUGGUCUGAAACGGAAACACGAAAAUAAACCACGAUCUAUGGAAGAUUUUCUGCAGGUUCCUGAUAACUACAAUGUGAAAGAUAGUUCUGGAAAGAAACGCAUAAGAUGGGCUGAUUUAGAGAAGCAGAAUCAGCAGGAGACCACGCAGGCAGUGGAAUCUGACGUUAGUCACACACACGGGAACCUAGCGAUGGAUCCAACCAACGGAGACAACACACUCACGAGCACAAAGCGUAACUGGACGGUACAGUCAUGGAGAUAAGACCAACAUGUGUAGUAAUAUAGCAAUUAAUUCAAAGGCGCAUUGUGCACAAUAUGUGUAGAUAUUGUAUAGAUAUGAGACUAUGUUGAAUCUCAGAUUCUCAGGAGUUCAAGCUUACAGCAUAUAAGGAUACAAGAUUACAUCUUGUAUAAAAUUAAAAGGAACGGAUUGUAUAUUUUGAAGAUGAUAUUGAUAGGGUAAGCAAUCAAUUAAUGAUAUUUCAAAAAAUUCUUUUAUUUCAAAUUUGUACAUUCUUAUUAAGUAUUGCUGAACGAAAACUGUGAAAUGGUUUUCAUAUUCAAAAUGAGAUAGCGAAUUACGAUUAGACCUGAUGCAUUAAAAAUAAAUACUCUAAUUCCUCAGUUAACUGAAAAAAAAUUUAGUCAAUAACUUUUAGGCAUAAUUAAAAUCUAACUUUUUAAAACAAGUUUCGAUAGCGUAUUUAAAACGUACAUAAUAUUAUAACAUUAAUUUCAUAUUCUUUUCAUGAGUUCAUCAUCCUGCAAAUACUUUUUGCUGGGAUUGGAAUCUCAGGAAAUCUCGUUUUCGGAACAACUUAUGUGUAUAUGGCUGCAUCUUUCUCGCCCAAACAAGAGGAAAUUAAAUCAAUAAGUAUACAUUUACUAUCGUAAUCCGGAUAACAGGUAUGUAAUCAUAAUUAUUUUUACGAAUCUCAACGUUUAUGGCAAAUAAUUGAACGCACAAAGAUAUAUUAGGGCUGAAAUAGUUUUUAUAGAAUUUUGUAACCCAUUACAGCAAAUUCUAAAAAUAUUUAAAAAAAAAUCAAAAUAAAUUUAAUUUUUUACAAAUAAAACUACAUCAGGAUUAUCGAUUUUUUUCCACAUGCUCACGCAGAAGGCUGCAAAACAGUACUCUAUUUAUCAAAGUGUGAAUCGAGUUACUGUUAGUGUAGAAAAUUGAUUAAAGCUGUCAAAUAGCAAUUAGGAAUUGAAUAUCGUUUAAAAAAGGAAAUAAUUACACAAUUAUAACGAUGAUGUGUAGUAUAAUCGUUUAAUUUAGUAAAAAAUAAACCAUGUGUCUAUAAUUGCACAAAAAUUCACUUUCAGAGUUUAUGACGUUUUAACAAUAAAAUUCAUUCGUUUUAAAAGUU